CAACUAGAUUAUCGGCUCGUCUAAUCAGCCCGGAGGGGCGGUCCCCAAGGGUGUGACUGGCAGGCGAGCAGCCAAUGAGCGGCGGCCCCUCUUCCGGCUCCACGUCGGCAGCGGCGGGCGCAAAAUGGAGGCGCUGAUCCUGGAGCCGUCCCUCUACACCGUCAAAGCCGUCAUCAUCCUGGACAACGACGGCGAGCGGCUCUUCGCCAAGUACUACGAUGACACGUACCCCAGCGUCAAGGAGCAGAAAACCUUCGAGAAGAACAUCUUCAACAAGACCCACCGCACCGACAGUGAGAUCGCGCUGCUGGAGGGUCUGACCGUGGUCUACAAGAGCAGCAUCGACCUUUAUUUCUACGUCAUUGGCAGCUCCUACGAGAACGAGCUGAUGCUCACAGCCGUGCUCAACUGCCUGUUCGACUCCCUCAGCCAGAUGCUGCGGAAAAACGUGGAGAAGCGGGCGCUGCUGGAGAACAUGGAGGGGCUCCUGGCCGAUGACGAGAUUGUGGACGGUGGGGGCGUUGUCCUGGAGAGCGACCCCCAGCAAGUGGUUCAUCGCGUGGCCGUGCGGGGGUACGGGGGGGGCGAGGAUGUGCCCCUCACGGAGCAGACGGUGUCACAGGUGCUGCAGUCGGCGAAGGAGCAAAUCAAGUGGACGCUGCUGCAUUAGCGCGACCCCCCCCCGGACCCCCUGUGCCCCCCAACACGUCACCCCCCCCAA